UAUGAUAAAGAAAUAGUAGAUGCACUGUUAGAGAUUCAAAACUAUCAAUAUCAACUAAAAAAAAUACUAGAUAAUGAUAUGCAUGAUUUAAGAUCUGCCAGUAAACCCAAUAAUCCGGUGUUUGAUAACUUCUAUGAAGAGUCUAUUCGCUACAAGAGAUUAUUUUUCUGUUACUUCGUGAUCUCAAUCACGGGUUUUAUCAUGUUUUAUCUUCAUAUCACAAAAGAACAUUACAAAGAACUUGCUAUGAUACAAGGC